AUGGCCGCCACCAGAGCGCUACUGUUCCUUGCGCUGGCUGCGGGCGACCCCUCGCCGACCGUGCGGCCGACCAUAAAGGCGACGCCACGCCCGGUUGCGGCUCCUACGACGCCGCGCCCUGUCGCGCCUCCCACAACGGCGCGGCCGACCGUAACGGCGCGGCCGACCGUGAAAGCGACCCCCCGCCCUGUCGCGCCUCCCACAACGGCGCGGCCGACCGUAACGGCGCGGCCGACCGUGAAAGCGACGCCGCGUCCGGUCGCCGCGCCGACGACGUUAAAACCCUCAGCACCUCCGACGACGGCGCGGCCGACAGUCAAAGCUACGCCGCGCCCGGUUCCGCCGCCGACGACGCCGCGGCCCGUGGCGGCGCCGACGACGCUGCGCCCCACGAUCAAGCCGACGGCCAAGGAAACCGCGCGGCCGACGCCUAGACCAGUUCAGACCGCCAAGCCGACGGUCAAGACGCCCGGCCCGACGCUCCUCCCGACGGCCCAUUUCGAUGGAGUCCACCAGACCGAUUCUACGAUACGACCGGCCGUCAAGCUCUGGCUCGAAGACAACGAGGCCGCGUUGCACAAGUACGGGAACAUCGAGGACUGGGACGUCUCGCAAGUCACGGAUCUGUCGUACUUGUUCUGCGUGCGCCAGAAGGAGAUGGAGGGCGACAAGCACUACAAGCACUGCGUCUUACCUGUUUACGCCAGAACCUUCGACUUUGAUCUAAGCAGAUGGGACACGUCGCGCGUCACGUCCAUGCGCGGCACGUUCUCGUUCGCCCAAGGGUUUAAUCAACCUCUCAAUAAUUGGCGCACAUCCAGCGUGACGGACAUGGACGAGAUGUUCAGUGGCAAAGUGAGUGAUCAGGAGGCGACGGGCUUCAACCAGCCCAUAGAGAAUUGGGACGUCUCCCAUGUAAAGACGAUGGAGCGCAUGUUCAAGGACGCGGCCGUGUUCAACCAGCCCCUUAACAAGUGGAGCACGUCGUCCGUGACUUCAUUGCAGGAGACCUUUAAAGAUGCCGUGUCUUUUAAUCAGCCGUUGCCCUGGGACGUUUCUCUUGUGACGAACGCGGCGGGCAUCUUUCGGGAUGCGGCUUCGUUUGACCAGGACUUGGGAUGGUGCCUCGCUUCAGGUGUAAACUUAGGCCUGGCCUUCUCGAUGGCGCCCUGCGAAUCUACAAGUUGCGGCGUCCAGGUCUUUCCGAACUGUACUACUUCGCAGUCUCAUCACCACCACGCCAAGAAGACAAACGAGGGCCCGUCGGCGGGCCGCGUCUUCCUGAUCCUCUUCCUCGUCCUCAUCGGUGCGUGGCUGCUGGUGCGGUGCUAUUUCGUGUAUGAAAGAUCGCAGUCCCAACCGGUGAUUGAUGCCAUGGAAGCGGAAGCCAGGGACUGCUACCGGCGCUACUCGAACGUCGCGUCGGACGUGGUGGCCUUCGUCCAGGAGCGCUGGGCGGCGUUGAUGGGGCAGGAGGACGCGGGCGAGGGGCCGGCCUACGAGCUGCUCGACGGCGGGAACUCGCCGGACGGGCUCUAGUCGACGGCGUCAACGCGGCCGCCCUUUGUAUCUAUCCUAUCCCUGUGAUAUCCCUCCCGAAGUAAGGACGAUCAUCGUA